CAAUUCCAUAUAACAUAUAGACCAAAGCUUUAAAUUGCUCUUUUUUGUAAAUUUGUCUCUUUGAUUUCCAAACUUCAUCUUUUUAAUGGUGUGUACUAGAAUUAUGUUAGUGACAUUCUUGUUACUAUCAUGGUUAGCUGCCCCAUCAUGCUCAUGGGGAUCUAGAGAGGGGAAUAGCUAUGUUAAAGAUGCUUGUAGUGUUACAAGAUAUCAAAAUCUUUGCAUUCACUCUCUUUCUUCAUUCUCAAACACAGCGAAACGGGACCCGAGUAAGUGGGCCCGGGCUGGUAUCUCGGUCACCAUAGGUGUUACCAAGAACACGACCCGUUACUUAAUAGCCCUAAAGAAGAAGAAUACCAUGAAGGGAAGAAACCGAGUGGCGGUUCUAGAUUGUGUGGAGGAGUUUCAAGAUGCAUUGGAUAAUCUUCACAAAUCAUUAGGGGUGCUUAGACAUAUUAGUGGUGAGUUAUUUGAUGCCCAAAUGGGGGAUGUAACUACUUGGAUUAGUAGUGCAAUUACUGAUGAAGACACUUGUUUAGAUGGGUUUGAAGGGCAAAAAGGGAAAGCAAUAAAAAAGUUGGCAAGUAAGGUUACAAAAGUGGGUUAUUUUACUAGUAAUGCUCUUGCUCUUGUUACUAAACUUGCUUCAGCUGGACCAUAGCACAAUACCCAUUUGAGCAUUGAACCUACCCUUUAAGAAAGGUAAGUAACUUGUUGGUUUUGUAGCAACUAAGUUCCAUAAUUAGAAUGUAUGGAGCAGAUUACAAAACCAUGGUAAAAUAAAUAAUCCAACUGUUGAAUAUCUUUUUUUUAUAUGUUUUUCUUAUUAUAUGUGAGAUUCUACCGGUGGUAUCAA